AUGGCUUUAGUUUUUCAUGAUUUAUUACCAGUUCUUGUCUUUUUGGAUAUACACGCAGCUCAGGCUUUCUGCCUGCCAGGAUGUACCUGCUCGGAGGAGAAUGUUGGCAGGACUCUGCAGUGCAUGUCUGUCCCUUUGGGAAAACUUCCAGGGAACCUUCCUGAAGAGCUCAAGCAAGUGAGAAUUGAAAACUCACCCCUAUUUGAACUUCCCCGAGGAUCUUUCAUCAACAUGAGCACCUUGGAAUACCUUUGGCUCAACUUUAACAAUGUCACUGUGAUCCACCCAGGAGCACUGGACCAUGUGCCAAAACUAAGAGAGCUGAGACUGGAGGGAAACAAACUCUGUUCAGUACCAUGGACAGCAUUCCGGGCCACCCCUUUCCUGAGGGUUUUGGAUCUCAGACACAACAGGAUUGACAUACUUCCUGAGCUGGCUCUUCAAUUCCUGGCUAAACUGACCUACCUUGACUUAUCCUCCAAUAGGCUUACAGUUGUAUCCAAGAGUGUCUUCUUGAACUGGCUGGCCUACCAAAAAUGCCAGCAGCCUGGCUGUGGGGCUGAGGUGCUCUCCAGCAUGGUGCUGGCACUGCACAACAACCCUUGGGUAUGUGACUGCCGUCUUGGAGGGCUUGUCCAGUUUGUCAAGUCCAUUACCUUCCCAGUCAUCCUGGUGAAUUCCUACCUGAUAUGCCAGAGCCCUUCCUCCAAGGCUGGGAAGCUUUUUCAUGAGAUUGAGCUCAGGGCUUGCAUGAAACCACAGAUCUCAACACCCAGUGUCAAUGUCACCAUCCAGGUAGGACAGAAGGUGACUCUGCGAUGCUUGUCACAGGCCAGUCCCUCACCAACCAUUGCAUGGAUGUAUCCCCUCAGCACAUGGAGAGAAUUUGAUGUGUUGACCUCUUCUACCGCAGAAGAUGCUGUUCUAUCUCAGCUUGUCAUCCCUACUGCUCACCUCGUAGACAGCGGUAAUUACACCUGCAUGGCCUCCAAUUCUAUUGGUAGGAGCACCCUUAUCAUCUCCCUCCACGUCCAGCCUAUCCAGGCCCUGCCUGCACCCAAUUCUCUUUCCGUCUCCUUGGAGGGUAAUGCCUAUGUUGACCUGCGGGUGGUCAAGCAGACAGUACGUGGGAUCUUGCUGGAGUGGCUUGCAGUAGCCAACACCCCUGAGGAGCAGUGGUUCACCCUCUACAUUGCAUCUGAGGAAGCCCUCAGGAAGGAGGUGGUCCACAUUGGCCCAGGAAUCAAUACAUAUGCUGUGGAUGAUCUCCUGCCUAGCACAAAAUAUGAGGCAUGUCUCAGCCUAGGCAGACAAUCUCCGCACCAGGGCCAGUGUGUGGUUUUUGUGACAGGCAGAGACAGUAGUGGGUUGGAUGGUCGCGAACGCCUCCUGCAUGUCACAGUGGUCCUCUGUGCUGUGCUCCUGGCAGUGCCUGUGGGUGCUUAUAUCUGGGCAGCCCAGGGUCCAUGCAGCUACAGUGAGUGGGGCCUGCACUGCUGUCCUCAUCACAGGAAAGCUCCCAGGUGUCCCUGGGCAGUCCCACAAUGCAAGGAAAGCACCUUUAGAGAUCAUCCAGCUGUCUGUGAGGAUGGUGAAGGGCACAGAGUCAUGGAGGGGGAUGAGAAGAGAGAAAAUUAA